AUGGCGGACGUUUUGAGCACGCUGUACGCCGCUCUCAUGCUGCUGACGAGCGUGGCAUCCACCUGUGGGAACCUCCUCCUCCUGCUGGUGCUCCUGCUGAACAAGGAGCUGCGGUCCGACUCGCUGGGCCUCACCCUGAGCUUUAGCCUUAGCGACCUCGCUCUCGGACUCUCCGCCGUCCCCGUCAGUGCGUACAACAGCCUCUCCCAGCCUGUCAGACGCUCCAGCGAGGCCGACGUCUGUCAGGGCGCCGGCUUCAUCUUCCUCCUGCUGCAGACCGCCUCCCUGCACUCGCUCGCCUGGGCCACCGUCUACAAGUUCACGGAGAUCUGCUUUGCACUCAGCUUCCACAGCAUCUGGACGGCGGGGCGGAGCCGGGCGGUGCUGAUCGCAGUCUGGCUGUUCUGCCUGGCCAACGCCACCAUGCCGCUGCUGGGUUUCGGCAGCUACGCCUACAGCGAGUCACGGUUCCUCUGCUGCCCGAGCUUCACCCCGGAGAACAGGUGCUUUGUGCUGCUGUGGAUGGGGGCAGGCAUCGUAGCGCCGAUCCUCACCAUGUGCUCGCUGUACGGAUACAUCGUGUACGUGGCCAGGAAGCAGGCCAGGAGGGGAACCUUCAUGUGCAACGAGCUGCACUGCUUCUACGUCCCUGCCAACAACUACCUGAGGAGCUCCAUCGUCAUGGUCACCACCUCAGUGUGUCUGCUGGUCUGCUGGCUGCCCUACAUCUCUGUGUGUCUGUACGAGACGCUGAGCGGUCAGCAGAGUCCGUCCGUGACCGCCGCCCUCUCCUCCUGGCUGGUUCUGACCAGCGCCGCGCUCAACCCGUGGAUCACCUGCAUGACGCAGACCAGGUACAGGGCGGCGGUGUGCCGAAGUUUCCGCAGGUUCAUUCCUUGUGCCGGGAUGUUCCUGGAGUCCCACUCCCAGAGCUCCGCCCUCCAUCUACCUGCGACCGAUCGCCCCAGCACAACAACAACAACAACAAGUACGACCGCAACACAGCCUCCAUCUCCUCCCAAAACACUAACAACACCAUGACCCCCCCAUCACCAUCACUGGACCUGUGCACUCUGGGAAACGUAGGCCAAACUUCUCAUCUUCUUCUCCAGCGUGGACGAGUUCUGACGUUGUGUUCGAAGACCGCACACUGAUGUUCAGCUGAUCCCGCAGCCUCACAACACGAAACAUUUCCUGAUCCACUCAGAGUCACAAACAGUCCGAGCUCUUUCAGCUCCGUUUCAGCAGAGGUGUGUUUAUGCUGACGUGACCACAUCAGGACGAAGGUUAAACUGCUCCAUGGGCUCAGUUACACUGAGCGUUUAAACUCUGAGCUGGACGCCGCGCUGCACGUGAACAGAGCUGAUAAACAGCCGGAGACUCUGGGAGUGACGAGCGGCUCGUGCAGCCCAGCAGGAUCGAGGAUGAUGGACAAACUCGGCGGAGCCUGGAAGUCAGCAUCUCCGCCCUGAUGUGUGCACUUCAA